AUGUGGCGCGCGCCCUUCUCCAGAUCACAGCUCCCCGCCCUAGCGAGGCGGGCGAGGGGCAAGCCUGAGCUCUCGACGACUUCACGAUCCUCAAUACACAUCGAAAGCAGCAGGGCCACUGAAGAACCGUGCCAGAGGUUCGAUGGCCUGACUCGAGAUCCGCACAAUGCCUCUCGAACAAGGCACCAGACCACUCCCGACUCCUUCACCAAGCCAGAGCAGCCAUUAGACGCUGCACGCGAGAAACCCAACAAUCAAUCCAUACGAAAUCCUCAACUCAAAAUCGUUCGAAGAGACGCUGUGCAGACAGCACGACCGAUAACAAAGCUCGAUCGGAAGAAAAAGCCUACCUACACACCGGCGCGCCUCCUUGAUACCGCAUGCCGCCUCUACCGUGGCGAGACGGAGCUCUCGGCCUGCGACAUUGAAGCAGCGAGCUUCCUCGCCAGCUACAGCAGCGCUCGUUUGCCCAUUCUCACAGCUCAGUGGAUGCUCCACUGCAAUUCUGACCUCGAAGCCAGCGUGCGCUCCCUGCUGCCCGACGUCUCUGCGUGGUCCACAAGGUUCGAACCGUACACGUCCAAGGGGUACCAGCGAGAUGACGUUCUCCAUUGGGUUUGGAUUCUUACGGCGAACGAUCCUGACGAGCGUGUACGACGCUUCCUCUCCGACACCCGACACAAACCAUCCUUCAUCCUCAAUCACCUCCUAAAUGAUGCAUAUUCCGGUCGUGCUGAGCUCCUGCGUCCGCACUCUAUAUACGGCAUCAUCAACUACUGCACUUCACUAUACGAGCAAUUUUCCCGAUCAAGCCCUCAAGGAGAAACUCUGGCGCCAGACUCUCGGCCUCUGGACAGCCCAGACGUCGUUCAGGGCAUCAUCGGCCGGCUGCUGUCCCAUGCUCGACGUACUCAGGCGCAGGCUGUCAUUCCAAUUGCGAACCUUGCUGCCACAUAUCUCGAAGCCCUUACGGGACCAACAGAACGACGAUUAUUUGAACUUCGGUGUCGCACGUUCAACUUCAUGCUACAAGAGCUGUCAAUCCCGCCGGCAAAGAAGCCAUACGCCACUGCCCAUCACAGCUGGGAAGCCAUUCGUACAUUACUGCAAUUCUCAUCAACAUUAGAAAAGCCUCUCAUUGUUGAACGUGAGAGCUACCGCGGUAUUCGUCGGGUCCUGCUGGCACUGCAGAAAUCCCCCGGCGAACGAGACACGACAACGACGCUGAAAAAGACCUGGCCACCCUACAGACUACCGAGGAACGGCCUCGAAGAGGCCAUGGAAGCAGACGAGUACUACAGCAGGACGGUCAAGGCUGGUCUCAUGAUGCAGGACGCGGGCUACGCCAAGGAGGAAUACGACAUCGCCACGGAUAUUCUCGGGGGUCUAGGUCCCGAUGGGUCGCCGACGAUCCAGACGCGGGCAAAUUACCCCGUCCGCAACGGCUCGGACCAGUCCAUAUGGGCCGCUCAGGUCCGAGCCACGAGAAGCGCGGAGGAAGCAUGGCAGGCCUUCCAGCAUCCGCCGCAGCCUGGGAUGGCCCCCCAGACGGAAGUGUUCCACGAGAUGAUCCUCAAGGCGCUGGCGAACAUUGUGGAUCCUCACCAUGAUAACCUACCUGGCGAUGGACGAGAGACCUUUUCGCAUGAUACCCUCAAUUUCAGCGAGUUUGAGAGGGCACGCCUCGCGCCACCCAAGGUUUUGCAGCUCACGAGACAUAUGGAACAAUCUGGUGUUCGUCUCGACGAGAGGUGUCUUAAUGUGCUGUUGCUGCGCUCGGCGAGCCUUGACGAGGCAGUCGAGUAUGUGCAGCGAAGCUCGUUGAGCAAGGCGCAGCAGGCUACAGUGGACUGCGCGUUACGAGGGACCGACGUGGCUUUCAACUCGGUGGCCGAUCAAAUCAAGGAGAUCUCUCAGGGCACCCUGCUCGCCGUCAUUCGAUUGCUCUGCAGAACCCGUCCAGGCUACGGAAUGCCAAGCCAUACAAUAGAAAGGGCCAUGCGGAUCGCCAGGCUCGGCUGGACGGCUGGCGGUUGCUCCAACCCGGCUCCCUGGGAGUUCAUCCUCGAAACCCUGGCCCGAUCUCACGUCCUGGCCUGUGCUCGAGGCACGACCCACGGCGACGACGCUGCGCUCCUAUCAUUCUUCGUCACAGGCCCGCCGCAAGGCACGACGAGGCGCCCGCACUUUCACCACUGGAACCGCGCCGACCCGAACCUAGCCACGACGGCCGACCUCGCGGCCGCGGCCCUCCGCAGACUCCGCUCCGCCUGGGCCGACCUCGCCAGCGCGACGACGAAAGGCGCCGCGUCCUCCUCCAGCGCCGAGCUCGGCGACACGGUCGUCCUGGCCGGCGCCUCCGAGGUGAACACGCAGAUGCUCGCCCUCGCGUCCCUCGGCGACGUCAACGCCAUGGCCGCCCUCGCCGCCUGGACCGUCCGCCACGCCGACGGCAUCCUAGCCGCCACGCACGCCAAGCGCACAACCUGGCUCACAGGCGUCUUGCACACCUUCCGCGCCUUCGCCGAGCCCCUCCUCGACGACGACGUCGUCGCGCCGCUGCGCCGCGCCGUCGUCGACGCUCGCCAGCGGAACCGCGACCGCUGGCUCUACUGGCCGAGCGACGACGAGGUCGCGACCUUUACGCAGAGCGACGUCUCCGGACGCCUGGGCCGGCUGCAGGAUUUCGUGCGGCUCGUCGCGAGGGAGCGCGAGGACGGCGGCGGCGGCGAUGGCGGCGUGCUGCUGGAGUAUCGCGGGGAGCUGCGGCCUGGGGCCGACGCGGUGGCGCAGGCGGAGGAGCGCGCGAGCCGGCGCUAUGUCUGUCGGGACAAAGUCGAGUGGCGACAGACCGAGGGCGAAAAGUCGCGCUAUCGAGUCGUGCAGGGCAUGAGGGUCUGA